UUAGGUGCGGAGCCGCGUGUUUUGCGAACCACUCAGCGCUUUCGUAAGAGAAGGAAGGGAGAUAGACUUGUGCCCAUGGUCUCUUGACUACUGUGAGCAAGAAGGUAGGAAAGUGGAAGGUGAUGGAAGAAGGCGGCACAGAACGGUGCAAAAGGCCAAUGCAGGAUAACGGGUCAUGUAAGUGCCAUCCACGUCGUUAUCCAUCACGGCAAAGGAGAACCUCUUAGACCCAAAACCAGCAGCCACAUUGGGCAUACUGGGGGAGCCUCUAGAUGAUAUUUCAUGUCACCACUGCCUUAGAAUUUCCUCCAAAGGCAAUUAUUUACUAAACAUCGGUACUCGAUGAUCAGCAACUAGAGUACUCGCUUCACUUCGUUGAACUCGGCACACAGGGUAUCAGCCAUCCAGAGAUGUCAAAAAUUCCAAGGUAAGUCGCUACAUGAACCAGACACUGACCCUUCCGCCAGAAAGGCCUCGCUCCCGAAGCGUGUCGCCGGGGAGAACAAGCCACAGCCCUGACCCACCUGCAGUCCCAUCCACACCCAAGAAGAGAAAAAGAAUAUUCUCUCCUGACAACUCCCCAAACUCCUCACCAGCCACCCCAAGGGUGGCAUACAGAACCCACACCAACAUAAGCUGGGAUGCAGAAGACGCAACCCCAAGCGAAAGACACCAAAGGUACAUCAAAACUGUCGACCACCUCCUCGACAACAUAGUAAGCCACGCACACAAAUACCAAGACAUCACCGACGAGUACAAAAAAGAGGGCCUCCCAAGUGCAACCAAAACUAAACUAGCCACCCUACUAACAGACCUCAACAUUACUCCUGCCCUGAACCGUGACCCCGAAUCCCAGAAAGCCCUAGCCGAUGCAAUAGCCAUCGCAAAACAACUCACCGACACAAACGCGUCCCUAGUAAAACAACUGGAAACAGUGAGAACCACCACACCAACCCCUGCACCAACCCAAAUCGCAACUGCGACCAGCCCGGAAAACUACCCUCUGGACAACCAACAAGAGUUCCUUAUGGAUAUAGCAUCUACCCAACCAAACCAUCAAGGACAUAUGCACAGGUAACCCGGAAUAACGGUAACGUCCCUUCGUAUAAAAAACACACAAAAAGACCUGUCCCCCCACCCCGUGCCCCCAUGCAACCAUCAGACAGAAACCACCCAGCUCGACUAAUCAUCUCAUCCAGACAGAAACUCCCGAUGGAAAACCGAAAAUUUGGCCCAGAGACAAUACACUAGAGACUAGAGGGGCACCCAACAAUGACUCCGAGCCAAUGCGAGGUUACAG